CCAAACCCUUAUCUUCUUCUUGGUUUCUGGAGCCCUUCUUUCUUUCUCUUGCUCGCCGUCAGUGUGCUCGGGGGUUUGUGCUUGGCACGAUCGGAGUGAGUGCUUGGGAGCCUACAUCGGGGACUUCUGGGUGCCGUGAUCGGAGUGCUUCCUUGGGUCGGGGACUCUUGUUCAUCGGAUUUGGAGUGGCCGUUCGGAGCUCAGGCAAGACGCAAGUUGGUAUCGGGGACUUCUGGGUGCCGUGAUCGGAGUGCUUCCUUGGGUCGGGGACUCUUGUUCAUCGGAUUUGGAGUGGCCGUUCGGAGCUCAGGCAAGACGCAAGUUGAGCUUGCUUGUGCUGGGGACUCGUGUCCACCGGGUUUGGAUUGGGUGUUUGGAGAUUGGACGAGACACAACACCGGCGAGAGCUUCUCGGUUGGAUAUCCAAGUUUUAAGGGGUAGGUUCUGGAUGAGAAGUAAUUGUGGGAUCUGAUUGAAGGCCUUGCUGGGAAUGAUUUAUUACACUACACUCAUUUGCUAACUGCUAAAACUAUUUCCAUCCCGAGUCUUCCCAAGUCUAUUACUCAAUUGGCAGCCUGCUUAAUUGGUUCCAUCCCAAGUUUGCUCUAUUGGCAGCUUCCUAAGUCUACUUCUUUGGCAGCUUACUCAGUGUGCAUUCGUCCAUGGCGAGCUAUGGUGGGAAGAUCAACUCCACCUCCAUUAAUGGUGUGAAGCUCUACUCCAUCUCUGGCCAACGCUCUCCGGCCUCAUGGCUCACUCCCAAGAAGCUCAAAUCCCUUCGCAAAGACAAAGGCUAUCUUCAAAGGGUGGAUUUGAUCCAAGAUUUUAGGUUUGAGACCGCGACAACAAAAAUUAAGGUUACUGCUGAUGGAGAUUAUGUUGUUGCAUCAGGUAUAUACCCUCCGCAAGUUAAAGUGUAUGAAUUGAGGGAACUAUCAUUAAAGUUUGAAAGACAUCUUGUUUCAGAAAUUAUUGAUUUUCAGGUGCUGUCUGAUGAUUAUUCAAAGAUUGCUUUUCUAUGCGCUGAUCGCUCUAUAUGCCUACAUGCAAAAUAUGGAAGCUACUACAGCUUACGAAUUCCCAGGAUGGGAAGGGAUAUCGCUUAUGAUUGUUGGUCAUGUGACUUGUUUUGUGCGGCUUCCUAUCCUGAUCUGUAUAGAAUCAAUUUGGAACAGGGACGUUUUCUAUCAUCACUUAGCACUCAAUCACCUGCUAUAAAUGUGGUUUCAAGAAGUGCGUUGCAUGGUCUUGUUGCCUGUGGUGGUGAAGAUGGAUCUGUGGAAUGUUUUGAUAUGAGAAAGAAAACUGCUAUUGGACGGAUUAGUGCUGCUGCUCAUUCUGGCGAUAUUGACCAGGAGGUUACUUCACUGCAGUUUGAGGAUAUUCAUGGUUACCAGAUGGCUGUUGGGAGCAGCACUGGAAAGAUAUUAAUAUAUGACAUGCGUAUGUCUAAUCCUGUUAGGAUCAAGGAUCACAUGUAUGGUAGUCCUAUAUUGGAUAUUAAGUGGCAUCAAACACUUAAUUCUGCAGAACCAAAAAUGAUCAGUACAGAUUGCCAUGUUAUCAGGAUUUGGGAUCCUGAAACGGGAGAUAAUAUGACCAGUAUUGAGCCAAGUACAGGAGCAAUCAAUGAUGUUUGUUUGUUUCGCGAAAGUGGCUUGCUUUUGGCUGCUUUGGAUUGCAGCCAGAUACCAGUUUAUUUCAUACCUGCUUUAGGACCAGCCCCCAAGUGGUGCUCGUACCUUGAAAACUUAACGGAAGAAAUGGAAGAAGGAUCACUGACGAGCAUAUAUGAUGACUACAAGUUCUUAACUAAAAAGGAUAUUGAACAGUUGAAUUUGACACAUUUGAUAGGAAGCAACCUCUUGAGAGCCUAUAUGCAUGGGUUCUUUAUAGACUAUAGACUAUAUAAAAAGGCUCAAGCAUUGGCUGAUCCUUUUGCAUAUGAUGCCUACAUGGAGAAGCGAAAGCAGGAGAAGAUAGAAGCUGAACGUGCUUCUCGUAUUACUAUCAAGAGGAAAUUACCUAAAGUUAACAGGCUUCUUGCUGCCCACCUACUUGAAAAUGAAGAAACCAAACAAGCUGAACAAGAAAAUGUUGGUGAAGGUACCAUAAAGAAAAAGAAAAACAAAGGGUUAACUAGUGAUAUCUUGCGGGAUGAACGUUUUAAGGCAAUGUUUGAGGAUAAGGACUUUGAAAUAGAUGAGCAGUCAGCUGAGUAUCUCUCCCUGCAUCCUCUAGCACAGCAAGCUACCAAGAAGCGCCCAUCCUUAAUUGAGGAACACUUCGAGCCAAUCUUGCAGGAUGAUGAAGGAAACAGUGAUUCUGAAGGUCUGGCAACUUCAGAAGAUGAUUUUGAGAAAGAUAAGGAGGAAGAAAAGAAGAAUUCCAAACGUGUGAGGUUGUAUGAAGUCAGGGAUGAGCGCCAUGCUGAAGCAUUCAUGAACCAAGUAUCUCUUGUGAAGGAGGAUGCCCUCCCACUUGGUGAGAGAGUAGCCGCUCUCCAACAGCAGCAAUCUUUUACUAAGCAUGAUGUGGUGAGAUUUGGACCUGGUGGUUCACGGGAAAUAUCAUUUGUACCUAGGAGAUGUUCAAAGAAACAAGAUGACAAUGAGGAGCCUCAAGAUGGAAAGCUGCGCCGGGGCAUACGUCCUCUUGGCUUGAAGCUAGACAAAUCAGAGUUCCUUGCUAGGGUAAAGCAUGGAGGUAGAGGUGGGGGUAGAGGUCGAGGAAGAGGCCGGGGUAAAGUUCCGCGAUGAUAUUUAAUUGAAUGAACUUGUCUUUUUGGGCAAUGUCUCAUCCUGCAAUUGUCCAGAUUUGCAGCAAGUCUAUGCAAAGGGCACGAAUACCAGGAAGAUCACAACAUCUAAUACUCCACAAAGUUUCAUUUUUGUUUCUACAAUUCCUGGAAUUUUAUUUUGGGUGAAAUCUUUGUAUGCUGUAACAAUAGAUUCAAGCAUUACUUUUUGUGGUGUUUAUUUAUUUAUUUUACAUUUUAUUUGAUCCUCUAGUGUGAUUUGUAGGGUUUUGUGAUUUUUGGAUUUACAUUUCAAUGGAUCUGGCUUGUUUAUCCUC